ACAUAUCUCUUUUUCUCUCUCAUAUCCUUUUUACUUGCGUACAACUUUAUUAUAACUACACACAAUAAUAAUAAUCAUAAAAGUUAACAUGAUUUUACGAUUGAUACUUACAUUGACCGUUCUGGCUUCAGCUAUAACGGUUGUCUCCGGUCUCGUUCAUCUAAGAAAACAUCGACAUCCAAUGAGCCCUGCAAGAGAAGAGCCAACUGUUGUGAGUGCCAUGCACCAGCAUCGACAACAGGCAGCACAGCAACAAGAUGGUGAUCAUGGCAACAUAUCCUCCAAUCGCCAAGCAGAAUUACACAACUUUCGCCAUGACGACGCUUGUGGCCAAGCAACGCUUUCAUGUAUGGCAUUUGUCCACGACCAAGUUGGUAUGCCAGUUCGCUGUGGCAUGCUAAAGAACGCACCUGUUUGUCUUGACGCAGAACAUGAAUGCACCGCUUUUUGCGAUGAGGAUGGGUAAGUCGGUAAAAUAAUAAUAAGUAGUAGUGAAACAAAAAACCAAACAAACUGAGGAAAACACAUAUUAUCCCUAGUGGCUCGCGCGUAUGUCAAUAUGCCUUUCCUGAGUGCUGUUCACAUAGUCCAAAU